UAUGUUUGUAAGAUUUGCUCCAGAGAUUGCCUCAGUCAGGUGUCUUUAGCCUGCCACAUGACCAUCAGCCAUCCCAGCUCCACCAAUGCAUGUUAUAUUUGUCAGGAGAUCUUUAAUACCCAAACUGAAUUACUGAUUCAUAUUAAAGAUAACCAUGAAAAUAACCUCGGAAAUGAAUCUUUCAAGUGUUCUCUUUGUAAUAAAACUUUUUGCAAGCAACGCUACCUUAAGACUCACUUAAAGCGACAUACUGGUGUCAAAAACCAUGAGUGUCCUAUAUGUCAGUGGAAAUUCUUUGAAAGGACGAAAUUAAAGUGGCAUAUGGAGACCCAUAAAGACGUCAAUCAGAGAAAUUUACCUUAUAAAUGUAACGUCUGUUUGAAAAGUUUCUACAAUCGACCAGCAUGGAGUGAUCACAUGAACAUUCACUCUGGACAGAAACCAUUUAAAUGUCAAAUUUGUGAGGCCAGUUUUGGACAUCGGAUGGGAUUAAAACGUCAUGAAUUAGUUCACAAAAAAGAAUGUGAAUUCAGUUGUAACCAUUGUGGAAAAGGGUUUAAAAUGGCUUACAAACUCAAAGAGCACAUGGUACGUCACACUGGUGUUGGAGAUCAUACAUGCCAGUCUUGUGGCAAAGUGUACACUACCAGCAAUUCUUUGAAAAGACACAUU